AUGAUGGAGCAACAAGAGGCGCUGGAAGAGGCUCCACUACCCAAAGGAGAGAGACCUGCCGUCGUCGAGGAGCGGACCGGUCUCAUCGAGUUCCGAGUCGUGUCCAAUGCUCACCUCUCCGCGACAACGCCGGCGGAACUGAUCAUCCUCACCGGCCUCAAGAACAUCUUCCAGCGACAAUUGCCCAAGAUGCCCAGGCAAUACAUCACCCGACUGGUACUAGACAAGAAUCACGUCUCCAUGGCCAUCGUCAAGCGUGGUCUGCAAGUCGUAGGUGGCAUCACCUAUCGGCCGUUCAACUCGAGAAAGUUCGCAGAGAUUGUCUUCUGUGCCAUCGACAGUAGUCAGCAGGUCAAAGGGUACGGUCAACAUCUGAUGAACCAUCUCAAGGAGCACGUCAAGGAGUCCGGAGACGUCAUGCAUUUUCUGACGUAUGCAGACAACUAUGCCAUCGGGUACUUCAAGAAGCAAGGCAUGGUCCCUCGUGUCAAGUACCUCGAUGACGUCAUCAAGAAGAUCGAUGCGGAAAGAAGAGCCAGAGGAGAAGAAGGACCCAAUCCUCCCCCUAACAUCACUCAACCGCCCAUCAAUUCCGAUGAGUCUUCCGCAGCGGGUCAGCAAGACAGCAAAGCCUAUCUAGAUGCCGUCAAGUCCCACUUCAAAGUCUCCCCUAGCAGCGUCCCAGGUCUUUCCGAAUCAGGCUGGACUCCAGAAAUGGACGUAUUGUCCCGUAGACCGAAACGUGGACCUCACCACGGUCUGAUGCGUAUGAUCCUGGUGGAACUCACAAAUCAUCAGAGCAGUUGGCCAUUCGCCGCUUGCAAAGACAGGAGACAGGAGAGAGACCACCAAUGGAGACUCAACCCUCGCAAAGACAGAAGACAGAAGACAGAAGACAGAAGAGCAAACACCAAUGGAGACUCAACCCUUGCAAAGACAGGAGACAGGAGAGAGACCACCAAUGGAGACUCAACCCUCGCAAAGACAGAAGACAGAAGACAGAAGACAGAAGACGGAAGACGAUACUGA